AGGUCCUGCAGGAGCCUCUCGCCAGCGAGCAGCAGGACGUGCCGUGUGCGUGCGGAGCCAGCCCGAGCCCCGGGGAACGGCCGGAAUGGAGUCCGCCCCAGAGCGCUUACGGGACCCCAGGUACGCCCCUCAGGUGAUCGAGCUGCUGAUUAAGAAUUACAGCCUUCCCCUGGCCUGCGUCUCCAAGCCGCCCACCUCGCUGCAGCUGCUGUACCAGCUGGACCCCAUCGAGCUGUCCAUCCAGGCCCUCAUGACCUUGCUGACGCUGCUGUCGGUCGCCAUCUUCCUGGAAGAAGCCAUCUACCUGUCCAAGAAGAUCCGCUGCCUGGUCAAGAUGAGAACCCUCCUCUGGAGCAGCUCAGCCCCCACGAUGAUCUCCGUGUUCUGCUGCUUUGGGCUCUGGAUCCCACGCGCCAUGAUGCUGGUGGAGAUGGCUAUUGGCACGUACUUCGGCGUCUGCUUCUACCUGCUCAUGCUGGUCAUGGUGGAAGGCUUCGGCGGGAAGGAGGCCCUGCUCGCCGCGCUGAAGGACACGCCCAUGGCGAUCAGCACCGGGCCCUGCUGCUGCUGCUGCCCCUGCUGCCCACGCAUCACCAUGACCAAGAGGAAACUUAAACUCUUUCUUCUGGGCACUUUCCAAUUCGCCUUCCUCAAGACGGCCAGCGUCUUCGUGGGGCUGGCCCUGGCUGCAGAUGGGAACUACGAUCCGGCCGAUAUCUCAGCUCAGAGCGUGGCCCUCUGGAUUAACACCUGCCUGGGGUUCUCCACCCUCUUUGCGCUGUGGGCCCUUGGGAUCCUGUUCCGCCAGGCGAGGGUGCAUCUGAAAGAGCAGAACAUGGGGGCCAAGUUCGUUUGUUUCCAGAUGCUCCUCAUCCUGUCUACGGUGCAGCCAGCCAUCCUCAGCAUCCUGGGCAACGGCGGACAGAUCGCCUGCUCCCCGCCACUGUCCUCCAAGACGAGGUCACAGCACAUGAACAUGCAGCUGCUCAUCUUGGAGACCUUCAUCCUCACGGUGGUGACCCGGAUGUACUACCGAAAGAAGGACGACAAGGCAGGCUACCAAGCUUUCAGCCCGCAGAAUGGGAACAUGGAAAUCAAAGCUUAGAGAGGAAGCAGCGCUGCCAGAAAGGAGUUUCUGGCACAAGGAGCUUUUCCCCCAUUGCCAAAACACGUUUCCUCUGCAACUUCAAGAGGAUAGAAUAUUUCCCUAGGUAGCUUGAAGCUUCAUUUGGCAAGUCGCCUAUAGGAGUUGACAUCCAGAUGGUAGAUGGGUCUGAAAUCCAAAGGAUACCUACCAGAGUUUCUGUAAAUUAGCCGCUUAGUGCAGGGACAUGGUCUGUACAGUGCCUAGCGCACCUCAGGUGCUGGAUAAAUACAGAAUAAACGAUUCAGGCACUUCGGCUCGGC